AUGUCGGAGACUGAAUCGGCGGCAGUGGCAGCGGCGCCGGACCCGGCGGCUGCAGCGGAGCCGAAGCCUCGGCGGCUGCGGGGGCACAAGAAGGGCGCCGUCACCUGCUGCGUCGCCUCCUCCGCCCGCCCGGGCGUCGUCGCGUCCUCCGGCGAGGAUGGAUGUCUUUGCUGGUUUGAUCUGCGCACCAAAGAUGUACUUUUGACCAUGGAGGCAGCAAAUAAACCAAUUUCUUCAAUUUGCUUUAAACCAGGAAAUGAAGAUUGUGUGUAUAUCUCUGCUGGAAAUGAAAUAUUGUCCUUUGAUGUUCGUAUGGGAACUCAAUCAAAGCCAUUAGAGAUGUAUAACUACAAUAGAGAUGAAAUCAAUCAGAUUGCUGUCAGCUCUAAAGGUUUUCUCGCUGCUGCAGAUGAUAGUGGGGAUGUUAAGAUUGUCAAUACCAUUCAGAAGUGCCUGUAUAAAAGACUAAGGGAAGCCCACACAAGUAUUUGCAGCAGCGUGCAAUUCAUUCCUUGGAGACCUUGGACAGCAAUUACUGGUGGCCUUGACUCAAAGCUCGUUGCAUGGGAUUUCUCCAAAGGACGAACACUGUUUUCUAUUGAUUAUGGAUCACCUGAAUUGCAAAAUGGCAGUUCUUCCGGUAGUGCAGGGCAAUGUUUCAACCCUGCUUUUGUUCAUUCAGUAGCAGUUUCUGAAGAAGGUAUUUUGGGAGGGCUCUACAAGGUUUGUGCUGUUGCAAGGGGGGAUGGUGCUGUUGAUGUGGUUGAUCUUGAGUAUGAACUGGCUCCUGCGAAAUCGAAGGGACCUCCUCGGGCAGCUAUUUCAAAAAUGAGUUCAAAAGGAGCUGAACUUGGAGAUGGGAGCUGUAAUCAAAGUCAAGCGAAAAGAAUUCAUCUUGACUACACGAUGGGUGGCCAUACCGCAGCUGUGUCUUGUGUAGCAUUUUCAGUAUUUGGUGAGAAGGGGAAGUUCCUCGUUUCUGGCGGCAAUGAUGCAUCAGUGAAGCUGUGGGAUUGGUCGAAAGGAGUUUCCUCUGAAACAAACAGCAAAGUUGAAUUGGUUUUGAAUAUUGAUGUAAAGAAAAAGAUGAAGUUCUUAGGCUCAGUAAAAAAAUUCAUGAUGACCUCUGUGUUGGCAGGAUCUCUUGCACUCUUGGGCAACUUGUCAGUCUCAGUGGUUUCAAACUCUUGUACCCAUGGAAAUUGGAAACAGGAGGAAGAAGAGGAGUUCAAAGUUUUCCGUGAGACGUCGUGA